UUCAGGCGCUUAGUAUUACUUCACCUUUCGUGCGAUAAGCAUUCCGUAACAGACGGGUCCGGUCUUCCGGUAGAUUGCUUGUGCCGCUUGUAUUGAAACCGGUAUCAUCACCAUGUCGCUAGUGUUCGGACAAGUCGAGCCGGCUGUUUUUCAAGCCUAUGCCUUUUGGGCAGCCGUACUUGGGCUCAAGAUGCUGCUCAUGUCUGUGCUGACUGGCCUAAAGCGUGGCUCCAAAAAGGUCUUUUCGAAUCCUGAAGACGUUAAGCCGGGUGGCAAGGUUGCGUAUGACGAUCCGGAUGUGGAACGUGUUCGACGCGCCCAUCGGAAUGAUAUGGAAAAUAUUUUACCCUACUUCAUCAUCGGCUUCCUGUACAUGUUCACCAAUCCGAGUGUGAUCGUUGCGACCAACCUGUUCCGUCUAGUAGCGGUCGUUCGCAUCAGCCACACGGUGUUUCACGUACUCGUUCCAGUGCACAAGUUUCGGGGUAUGUCCUGGGCAAUCGGUUUCUUCACGACCGCCUUCAUGGGCGUACAGAUAGUGCUGCAUUUUCUGUAGAAUUCUUGUAGAAACACCUCAACUCGUACGGAAAGCACGAGAAUAAAGCUUGCCCCUCUAUGCAUACGGAGAACUGCCAAUGGUUCUUUGGGUGUCAAAAAGCUCUUCA